GAGGUGAGUACUAAGCCAAGUGUGGUCAAUCCGCUUACUGUUGCAUAUAACAGAUCAGGUAAGCCUAGGUUAGUCCUAGACUGUAGACAUGUGAAUUUUCAUUUGCAUAAAUAUAGGUAUAGAUAUGAGGACGCUGAAGUAGCGAGAGACGUGUUUGAUAUCGGUGAUUUUGUUUUCACAUUUGAUCUUAAGUCAGCAUACCAUCAUAUUUCUAUAUUUGCAGAACACAGGCAGUAUCUGGGCUUUAGCUGGAAUAUCAAUGGUCGGCAAAAGUACUAUGUAUUCAAUGUUCUGCCUUUUGGUUUAUCUACAGCUGGUUACAUUUUUUCAAAAGUUACUAGGCAUUUUGUUAAGUACAUGAGGUUCAAUAAUGUCAAAAUUGUCAUGUAUUUGGAUGACGGUUUGGGAGGCAGUUCUUCACAGUCGGACGCUUUUAGAGUCAGUUGUUUUGUCAGGGAUGAGUUACAAAAGUUUGGAUUUUUGUUAGCUCAUGAAAAAUGUCAGUGGUUUCCGUCUCAAAACGUGAAUUGGUUAGGUUUAGAAUGGGAUUUUCAGAAUGGUUUUGUCAGGGUGUCUCGGGAGAGGAUAAGUAGGACAAUGUCUUUAGUAAAUGAUAUUUUGAUCAAAUCAAAGCGUUCAAAUAUGUUUUGUGUUAGACUUAUUGCAUGUCUGACGGGUCAGAUCAUAAGUAUGAAAGCUGUUUUUGGAAAUGUAGUCCGGAUUAUGACUAGAUUUUUAUAUUUUUGUGUAGAGACGAGGGCUAGUUGGAAUAGCAAAGUAUUGUUGUCAGAAAAUGCAAUUCAGGAAGUUUUGUUUUGGUCAGAAAGCAUAAAGUCAUUGAACUGUAGCGGUGCAUUGUUUAGAAACAUUGAUUUAUCAGAAACGAGAGAUUUUGAAUUAUUCAGUGACGCAUCAGAUGUAGGUUAUGGGGGUUAUAUUAACCCAACAGUUCAGCGUUCAGACAAGAGUUCCUCACAGCAGGGUGGGGAUAUAGUCCUACAGAAAGACAGAGUUACUGUGUCUGGUUCUUGGAGCCAGAAGGAAUGCAAUAAGAGUUCUACUUGGCGAAAAUUAGAAUCAGUUCAUAGAAUAAUAAACACGCAUUCAGAUGACUUAAAAGGUUUGUCUCUGGUUGUUUACAGUGACAACAAAAAUGUGUCUCAUAUUUUAGAGGUUGGCAGUAAGAAAGAGAAUUUGCAAUUAAUUGCUUCUGAUAUUUUUCAGUCAUGUAGUUACAACAAAAUUACAUUGAUUCCAAAAUGGAUCCCGAGAUCGGAAAAUCAAGAAGCUGAUUUGAUCAGUAGGCAGACUGAUAGAGAUGAUUGGGACAUCGGGAUACGACAAAAAAUAAUUGAUGACGUAGCCAGAAGCGGAGCCGGAAAUAACGACAUUUUGAACGAUUUGGCAUACAAGAUGUCCGACUAUAUUCUUCAGGGGAAGAGUUUUAACACAACGAAAUCUUACCAUAGUAGUUUUAAAAGAUGGAAAAAUUUCAUUCAAAAAGAAGGAUUUGAGUGUUUACCCGCACAACCUGUUCACGUCGCAUUGUAUAUUACACAAUUAUUGGAUCAAGGUUCAUCUUCUCAUGUGGUCAAUCACGCAAUCUAUUCUUUAAAGUGGGCUCACGAAUUACAUGGAUUUGCCGAUCCUACCAGCAAUUCUUAUGUCAAGUGUCUACAAGAGGCGGCCAAGCGCAUCGCAACUCCCAAAAUAACCAGAAAGGACCCUGUCUCAUCUGAUAUAUUGAUUCGUUUGUGCAAUUUAUAUAUCGAAUCUACGGAUGUGCUGAUCGUAAGAGACUUGGCCAUGAUUUUGUUGAGUUUUGCCGCUUUUUUGCGUUAUGACGAAUUAAGUAGCCUAAAAUGUUGUGACGUAAAAUUUGUUGAUGAUUAUUUAUGUGUGUACAUUAAUAAAAGUAAAACUGACCAAUACCGGCAAGGAAACGAGGUGUUGGUCGCAAAUGGUUCCACAAGUGCUUGUCCUGUGAAAAUGUUGCAAAAAUAUGUUAUGUUGGCAGAUAUUAAUUUGUUAUCUUCAGAAUUUUUAUUGAAGCCAGUUUUCAGAUCACAUGGUAUUGCAAAGUUGAUAUAUAAAAACAAAAAGAUUAGUUACACUACUGCAAGGGAAAACAUUAUUUCCAGGCUCAAAGAGGUCAGUUCUGGUUUAAAUUUAGGUUUACAUUCGCUUCGAUCAGGCGGAGCUACAGCUGCAGUCGGUUCAAAUGUAAACGAAAGGUGUAUUAAAAGACACGGGCGCUGGAAGUGCGAUUCUAGUAAGGACAUGUAUGUUGUAGAUCAGUUAGAAAACCGAUUGGCAGUUUCCAGAAAAUUGGGGUUAUGAUUAUCAUAAAGUUUUUCACAUUUUGGUUUUGAAUUUAUUAUCAAAUGUAUGUUAUAUUUUGUUUUUUCCCUGAUUCAUUUCGUCGCCUCACCCUAACUUUGGUGUUUUUCUAUGCAUUCUGGGCUAGUCGGCAAAUAUAUAUUUGCUUGUCAUUUUUGUAAGAAUAGAUAAGACUUAAUAUUUUCCGCGGUACGGAGAUUAGCGGAAAAUAAUUGUCUUGUUGAUUCGAGUAGAAAAUUGUAUCCAAUGAAAUUCAUAGUUACGAGUCACGUGGUGACGAGUGUAUGAUUGGUGUUCGAAUAGCACGAGAAAUCAGUUCUAGCCCGUCUUCUUACAAAGACGCAUCAAAUUUACAUCAAUAAAAAAUUGUUAUUUUUUAUUUUUUAUUAUACUAUAAUUUAGAAGCUUAAAAAUUUUCAUAUUUUUGUUGUAAAGUCCCUGCACUACCCUUGAGACGGCGCGCAUUUGCGACUUUGACAUGGUUUGGGACACAGGUUUCCAGAGAUUUUUCUAUUUAAUAGUUUUUUAUUUCUGUUUUUUUCUGGCCGGUCACGUCGUCGAUGAAAGGUUCAAAUAUUUGUUUAAAAAAGGGUGAGGCAGUGAUUUUUUAUAUUACAGUAUAUGUACAUGAUACAAUUUUGUAUUGUUCAGCUUAAAAUAAACUUCCGGCUCCCCCGUAUGCAUUCUGGGCUAGUCGGCAAAUAUA